AUGUUAGGUAAGACAAAGAGGAAUAGGAGCAGGCUCGGGUGUACAGCGUGUCGGCGAGCAAAGAUCAAAUGCGACGAGCUGAAACCGUCAUGUAGCCAAUGUAUAAAACAUAACAAGAAAUGCGAGUACGUUUUGAACUUGAUAUGGGGGGGUAGACCAUACAAGAAGCCAAAAAUUGAAAAGAUGAAUCCUGUUGCGAACAUGUCACUCUCUGGCGAGCCUAUGCAUGUUGAGAAGAAAAGCACGGCCAACGAGAACCCCACCCGUAGAGUCGUUCCAGAGACGGAGAAGGUUGAGGGGAAAAUCAAGGUCAAGGUCAACGAUGAGAAGGAGGUGAUUAUAAAGCCAACGUUUGAUCCUGCUGAAAACUUGAAUAUGCUGCUACAAAUGACCGAACGGGUCAACAAUGGGAUGCACAAGGUAAACGAUAAGCUUGAAUCCAUGUUUAACGAGAAAUUGAUACACAAUUCUCCAUGGUCUCUUUUGGAGAAUUUGGAGUCUCAAAUACCAGGCGAUAUCUUCAAUGGCCAAAUAAAUACAACGGAAAAUUCAUUGAAUAAUGACCAGAACGGGGAAAUACCAUUUCUAGAUGAUGAGUUGGUGGAAUUGCCCAAUGAAUACAGUUUGGAUAAUUUUAAUAUAGACAUGUACAAGCUACAAGAUUUGAAUACAAUCGAAAGUUCUCUAAUACCAGUGUCUCUGCUAGAUGAAUCUCCAAAUAAAAUGAGAAACUUUCAAGAUUCUAGUCCGGAAUUUUCAGAACAUAUCGACACUAUUCCAAGAGGGUUACUCCCCUUACCAGAUAUGCUACUUAACGUGCCUUAUUACUACGACUGUUUCCAAUUCUAUACAAAUUCGACAGCAUGCAUGCUAACUCCAGCCGACCCACAGCUAUACAUUAACAACCCAUUCAAAAUGGUGUUACCCAAAUUGGCAAUGACAAACGAGGGCUUGAUGUCUUUGGUUGUUGCUUUUGGUGCUAAACACCAGUCUUCUCUAAUCAAUGAAGAUUGUUCAGAAAUCGUCGAUUCUCUACUUUCACGUGCCCUGAGUGAUUUGCUAAUAUUGUUGAAAAAUAGGGAAACAUCGACCUCUGAUUUGACCUUGACUAUAGUUAUCCUAUUCUCAUCCUUCUUGGCAUUCAAUUACAGGUCUAACAAAUGGAAGGUCCACAUGAAUGGUGCAAAACAAAUCUUCCUCUUACGCGGUUAUAAUAAACCUUUCAAUAAAUUGCUCAAUGAGUUUGGCAACGAAGAUUCCCUACUAUCUGGUGAGAUAAAGAAGACUAAGCUUUUGUACUUUUUGAUUAGAUGGUAUGCAUAUAUUGACAUUUUUACCAAUUUGUCAUCACCACUCGAGCCUACUGCGGAGGAAAUAGGCCAAUCGGUCGAACUUACUCUUUCUCCCUGUAGUGAAUCAUCACUGUCUUCGUCCUCCAUGACUACCACCUCAUCAGCGAGUAAACAAGAGGUGCCUCAAAUUGAUUAUGAAAUCAGAGACGCACCAACAAGUGAUGAAUCAUAUAAAAAUAUAGACUUUCUAUUGGGAUUUGACAUCAGAUUACUACCGCUGUUUAAACAGCUUACCGCUUUGAUUAAGCAGGUAAAUGUCCAGUUAAAACAGAACAUCCCCCUAUCAUCAUCUACAAUUGAAUCUGCCCUGAACCUACAAAAUAAAUUCAACAAAUUGAAGAAUGUUAAAUAUGGCGACUCAAACUCACUCAAUGAGGUGAUUGCAUCAAACUCUUGCUUUCUAACUUCCGGCUUGAUACAACUCUACCGGCGUGUCUUACGUAUACCAAGGAAUUCCAAAAUCAUCCAGGAAAUGUCUUCGGAUAUCCUACAAACCAUAAAUACGUAUAUAAAUACAAAGCAGCCAAAUUCCUUGGGGGUUAUAUCUCCAUUGUUCUUCGCCGGCUGCGAAUCGUUGACUGAAAAUCGUGGGAUUUUCAUUGAGAAAUUGCAGGACUUUAUGAGUAAAGGAUCAGUUAGUGCCGGUGUAGCAAUCGAUAUAAUGGAGAAAUGCUGGAAUACUGGUGAAGAUUGGGAUAAAAUCAUGCUCCAAGAGGGUAAGAAUGUGGUAUUUCUAUAG